AUGGCUAAUCCUGAUCAGAUUGAGAAUGGAAAUCCAAAAGUGGAUGAGGGAUUAGAGGAUCAUGACGAGGAGGAGCAUAAUUACAAUAUGCUCUAUCCGGAACCUAGUGAAAAGUUGGUAAAAGUUCCGGCUAAUUUUGUGCACAACCAUGUGAAUACUAAACUUGGCAGAAAUGUGUCACUGCAGGGCAAAUUGUUGUUUCCAUGUGUGAUUAAGAGGGCUAUUGAAUUGUUUGAAAAAUUUAAAUGUAAAGGGUGCAAUGGUGGGCAUCAAUGGACAGGGGCUGGUGGAUAUGGAGCGUAUCUUGCUGGGCUGACAGUUGAAUUCAGUGACAUUGAUGUCUUCAUUAAUUGUACUCGGCUUCUUGGUGGGGACACCUUAAAUCUGAAGGUAGCGAAGAUUAAGACGAAUGCGAAUGUAUCAACAGUCUAUUGGAAGCCGCAAUAUCCUAGACCUGUGGUGCAGUUUAUUCAAGUGACAUUUGAGAUCGGUCUCCCAAAGAGUAUUGCGUCCUCAGACAGAACGUAUCGUGAGCUUAUGGCAAUGUAUGUCAUUUCAAAAUUUGACUUGCCUAUUACCCGUGUAGCGGUAAUCUUGCCUCUUACCGAAUUGAAAAGAGGAUAUAUAAUAGAUGGAUCUUCAUUUGAUAUUUAUAAAACCCCUACUUCUGUUGAUCGGUGGGAUGAUUUUAGUCUAACCUUUAGUAGAAAUGAAAUGGAAGAAGUAGAGGAAGCCGUUUUGAAUGUGAUUAUGGGGCCUUCUGUACCGGCUGGGACUUCAUCAUCAAAAGAUGAAAAUGAAGAAGCUCAAAAGUCAUCCGAAGAUGAGGAUCUUGCUUCAUCGUCUACUGACACCCAAGGGGAAAAGAAGCCAGGAAAAACUACAAAGCCAAAGGAAAAGAAGACAUCAAAUAAGGCAGAUGGAAAAGAACAAAAGAAGAGUAAAGGCAGCAAUAAGAAAAAUGAGGGUGGGAGUUCAUCAUCAAAAGAUGAAAAUGAAGAAGCUGAAAAGUCAUCCGAAGAUGAGGAUGGUGCUUCAUCGUCUACUGAUACCCAAGGGCAAAAGAAGACGGUAAAAACUAAAAAGCAAAAGGAAAAGAAGACAUCAAAUAAGGCAGAUGGAAAAGAACACAAGAAGAGUAAAGGCAGCAAUAAGAAAAAUGAGGGUGGAGGUUCAUCGUCCAAGGAUGAGGAUGAGAAAGCUGCUGAAGAAUCUUCUGAAGAUGAGAAUUCAUCUAGUGAUGAAGACUGCAAUAAGUUGAAUAAGCUUUCUGGAAAAUUAUCAGAGUUUAGAAGCAUUAAGGAUCUUCCUGUAAAGCAAUCUUACAAAGUGUUAGAUUUUGAGCAGGUUGCAAGAAAAAAGAAAAGACAGGCGAGGAAUAGGCAAAGGUGUAGAAGGAAGCGUUUAAAGAAGGAAGAAUAUGAAAAACUUAAAGAAAGAGCAAGAGUGAAAAUGAGUGAAUUUCGUUCUAAAAUGUCUGAAACUAAACGUAAUGAACGUAAAAAGUUGGAUAGAGAUAGGAGAAGAAUUGCUCGUGAGUCGAAAAAGUUGAAUACUUUUCAAGCGUUUGAUUCACAGGAAAAGAAAGCAACAGAUAAGGAUCAAUAUAAUUUUGAGUGUUACAUGGCUUCACUUGUGUGGUAUACUUGUUCAGUUUGUAAAAAGAAACAAUUUGUUUCAUCAACUUCCAAAAAGCCUUGCAAAAAUUGUGAAUUGUUUACUGAAGAAAAUGAUAUGGACCCUGGAGAUGUUCCAGAAGAACUUCAGGAUUUAACAGUUGUUGAACAACAAUUGAUUAGUUUGAUUCACCCUGUUGUUUCACUAUACAAAAUAAUGAAUGUUCAAUAUAAGUACACUGGAAAUGUUAUAAAUUUCCCUCAGAACAUCCAAGAAAUUGCUACAAGUUUGCCUCAUAAAAUAGCUGAUGUUAAAGGUAUCAUCACUGUAAGAUCUGUUGGUUCAGAAGUAUUUAAAGAUUUUAAAGUACGUAAGGAACGGGUACGUAAAGCUUUGUAUUGGUUGAAGUGUAAUAAUCCAGUUUACGCUAACAUAAAAAUUAACGAUGAAAACCUAAAUGAAUUACCUGAAGAUGGCAAUUUGUAUAGUAAAACGAGGGGGUAUGAUGUGAAAUUGAAAAAAAUAGAUGAGCCUUGCUGCAGUAAAGAUUUGGAAGGUGUUUACUAUAUUGAUGAAAGUGAAUUUUUAGACGAUGAUGGUGAAAUAGUUCCAGUUGUUUAUAAAGAUGUUCCUGAUGUAUCUAUUAUUACACAGAAGGAGAAGCUCAGUAAAUCAGUGAAUGAAAAUGUUUUGUUGUGGCCAUCUGUUGGUCGUGUACCUGUUAAUGAGUUUAGCAGUCCUUCUUAUAUAACAAUGGCGUUUCCAUGUCUGUUUCCUUAUGGUAAAGCUGACUAUUCCACGAGAACUGAUAAGUCUAUAUCGUUACAUAAAUAUGUUGAACACCUUAUGCUUUAUAGAGAUGGGAGAUUUGCAAAAGAUCCACGUUUUCGUUUUUUUAUAUUGAAUAGUUUAAUGCGUUGGGAAGCACUGUCUUUAGGCAACGUUUUUGUGAAAAAGAAUGAGUUUUUUUCAAAAAUGACUGUUGCUCAAUUGAAAGAAUAUCUAAGAAAAAAACCAAGUGUUUUGAAUGAAAUAUUGUUUUAUUCUAGUAGAUUAAGAUCAACCAAAGCUUAUUGGAAGUCAAGAUCAUCGGAACUACAGGAUAUGGUUGAUCAAUUAGGACCUCCCACUGUUUUUUUUACAUUAUCUAGUGCUGACUUCCAUUGGAAAGAUCUUUAUAGAUUGUUUGGUUAUGAUGAUCCAAAUGAUUUAUCCUAUGAUUUGAAAAGUCAAUUAUUAGCAGAUAAUCCGUUAAUUGUUAGUACUUUUUUUAAGCUGAGAGUUGAAUAUUUUAUGGAAAAGAGUUUUAAAAACCAUUUUGAUGUUCAAGAUUCUUGGUAUCGCGUGGAAUUUCAACAUAGAGGAAGUUGCCAUGUCCAUGGUGUGGCAUGGUUAAAAGAUUCCCCAGAUAUAAAGAAUUUGAAAACAGAUGACAUGAAGAAAAAGGCUGAAGAGUUUUUUGAUAACAUAAUUAGUUGUUGUAAUCCUGACCUUAAUGCAUUGCCUAAUCUUGUGCAUCCAUGUUCUCAAACUGCUAGUGAUGUUACAAAUGAAGAGGAUGAUCUAGCACAACUUGUUAAUAGGAUUCAACGACAUACAAAAUGUACACCUUCCUAUUGUAUGAAAAGGAAAGUAGGUGGUGCAAUCAACAAAUGCAGGUUUGGAUUUCCAAAAGCUUGUAAGGAAAAGACAGAGAUAUUUGUAGGUGAAGAUGGGUUAUUUGAUAUUCAAUUCAAAAGAAAUGAUGAAUUGGUUAAUAACUAUAAUCCAUGGUUAUUGCGCACAUGGCGUGCUAAUAUUGAUUUUACUCCAAUAUUAUCUGAAACCGUACUUUGCAAAUAUAUUGCUAAAUAUGCAUCUAAAUGUGAGUACAAAUCAGAUGUUUAUGGUAACCUUGUAUCAAGUGUUCUAGAAUCUAAUGUGCCCGAUAAUGAACAUUGUAAGAAGAUUAUUAGAAAACUUAUGAUUGGUUGUUGUUCGGAAAGAGAUUAUGGUUCCCAGGAAGUUAUGUAUUUACUUAUGGGUUUUCCUCUAUUCCGUGCUUCACGUUCUUUUGUUGUUCUAAAUGUAAAAAGUGCGUUGUGGAAAGUCGUGAAUAUGGUUAAUGAAUCUGUUUGUAAAAAUUGGAUUGAAAGGUAUGCAGAACGUCCAUUGCAUCUUAGCGUAAGAGGAUGUCGAAUGAAUACAGAGUUGAUGUCAGUUGUUGAAUUUUAUAAACAUUUUUACUAUGCCAAGAAAAAAUGGGUGAGUAGAAGGCAUUCUGCAAUAAUCCGUUGUUUUCCCAGGAGGUCAUAUAUAAUUACAAAUGAUGUACAGGAUUUGAAAACCGAAUGUAUCUUUAAUGUUCCAUGGAGGGACUUAACUGAAUUUAAUGUUUCUGAAGAUGAAUUGAAGUGUGAAUUAGAAAAACAUAAGCCUGUUUUUAUUGACGAUGUGGAAGAUAUUGUACUUUUGUGUGAGGAUAGUGAUGAUAGUUCUGAUUAUAGCGAUUUUUCAGAUGAUGAUGUUAAGUCUGGUGUUGAUUUUUUUAGUGUCAGUAAUGAUACUAAAGGAAAAUCAGAGAUGAACAAAAGUAAUCCUGACUUUAAGUGGGAUUAUGGUGUAUCUAAGUAUGAUUACGCAGAAAUUACAAACCUUUCUGCAGAGUUAAAAGAUUUGACAGGUAAUGUUGUUGUUCCUCAUGUUGAUGUUGAUUUAUUGGAAGAGGAUCAACUUGAUGUUUAUACAUACUUUAAGAAGGUUGUUAAAUGCUUGAAGCUUAAAAAAGAUGUGAAGAAGAAACUUAUUAUUAUUCAAGGAAAGGCUGGCUUUGGAAAAAGCUUUUUGUUGCAAGGAAUGGUAAUGCAUUGUUUUGAAGAACUCGGUGAUGAAAGUUAUGUUGUAGUUGGUCCGACUGGUGUGUCUGCAAGAAAUGUUUGUGGUAUUACAAUUCAUUCUUUUGGGAGGUUAGGCAGAAGUAAUAAUUUAAGAGAUUUAAGUGCAGAUGAGUUGUUGCUUUUGCAACAAAAGUAUAGGAAACUUCAAGUUCUUUUCAUUGAUGAAUAUUCAAUGGUGGGAUUACGGUUGUUGGGGAUGUUAGAAAAAAGGUGCAGAGAGUUUAAAGAUUCAAAUGCAUUGUUUGGUGAUUUGUGUGUAAUUUUAACUGGUGACAUUUUUCAAUUGGUUCCAGUUGGAGAUAAGGCAAUCUUUAACUGGAGAGACAAUAAACUUUCAUCUGAAUAUGUUGAAAGGGGAAAACUUGUUUUAAAUAGUUUUGAUAAAGCUUUUGUUUUGAGUUCAGCAAAACGUUUUGAUAGUAAAUGUUAUACGCAAUUUCUGGAAAGACUUUCUUGUGGCAAUUGUAAUGAAAAUGAUUUGAAAUGUGUGAAUGACCGUUCAAUUGAUGUUGUGGGGAAUUCUGGUAUUUUUACAUCAGCAUUAAGGUUAUGUUCGUAUGUUGAAAAUGUAAAUUGUCAUAAUAACAUCAAGUUACAAGAAACAAACAUGCCAAUUGCUCAAAUGAAUGCUCGUAAUAGCAGUAGGAAAGCUUUCUUAUCAAAUGAUGAUGAAGCUAAUGGUUUGUCUAAUACAUUGUAUCUGGUUGUUGGUGCUAAAGUAAUGCUAAGGCAGAAUUUGAAUGUGCGAUAUUCUCUUGUAAAUGGUAAGGGAGAGUGGGGUGAUUUGGUCGACAUUUUAUAUGAUGAAGAUGAAGGUCCUCCGUUGUUACCAAAGUUUUUAAUUGUACGUUUUGAUGGUGUGAAUGGCUUUGUGGAGUUGGAUGGUGCUGUGCCUUUAGUUCCAGUUCACACUAGUUGGAAAAAGGGUUCUGAUACGUGUACACGUAUUCAGUUUCCGAUUAGUCUAUGCUGGGCUUGUACUAUUCACAAAUCGCAAUCACUAACUCUGUCCUAUUGUAUGUUAGAUCUUGGUGAUAUAGAAUUUCAGCUGGGUCUAACCUAUGUGGCAUUCAGUCGUGUGAAGGAUUUCAAAUAUUUGGUUGUUUUUAAGAAAAUGUCACUUGAUCGAUUGAAUUGUGUAAAGAAGUGUUCGUUCUAUGUGACUCGUGAAAUGUUUAUGAAUUGGUUACAUUCUUUGAAAUAA